AUGAGUUCCUCUAGCAGAGGCAGAAUAGCCUUCAAAGGCAUCGUCAAUGCUCCCACAUCAUGCUUAAGAUGUUCAUCAUUGCCUCAUGCACGACCAAUUGCCCGCUUCUACUCGGCUGCCACGACAGCUGCGACGCCUAGUCCUGCCGCUGGUGACAGCGCUUCAGCCUCUACCUCCUCCAACCCGGUCGACAUUCGAUCUGGCCUCAUCCUCACGCGACCACCUCUCCUGACCCGAACACUGCAUCCUUUUGAAAACGCCUUCUUCUUCUACCAGAAGCGCCUGGAAGAACGUCUCAACACCCCCUUUGUAACGGAUAUCUACUUCAAGCCCGACACGCCGAGAAAAACAGAAUGGGAUCUCAAGGUUGCCGAGCGCAAAGGUGUCGCCAAGGAGCUCGGUGCUUUCCAGGGCAAGAUGUCCCAGUCGUGGAGCGACGAGCUCAAGGUCGGCGACGACAUGAGCAGCCAGGAAUUCAUCGUAAAGAGUUUGCUCAAGGACGCAGAAGUCCGCGUUAGCGACGACGCCGAGAUCAUCGCAGAAAAGGAUAUAGUACCCAUCGAAGGACCUCAGUCAAGGUUGACAGAGGCCGAUAAGAAAAACGAUAUCAAGCGCCUGGACCGAAAGCUGGAGAAUACACUCUACCUGGUUGUCAAGGGCAAGAACGGCUGGGCGUUUCCAGAGGAUUCCGUGAAGGAGAAUGAGAAUCUGCAUACGGCUGCUCAACGAGUCCUCGACGAAGCUGCUGGUGUCAACAUGAACACCUGGAUUGUUGGCCGCGUGCCUGUAGCCCACAACUCCAAAGGCGACAAGAAGACGUUCUUCCUCAAGGGCCGUAUCUUGGCCGGUCAGGCUGACGUCAAGGGCAGCCCUCUUGGAUACACAGACUUCCAGUGGUUGACUCGCGAAGAGUUGGAGAAGGUUUUGGCGCCGGAAUACUUUGCCAGAGUGCGUAAUAUGAUGGCUGACCGAUAA